AUGUCCUCCUGCCAGCCCGCCUGCCCUCCGGGCCCGGGCCGGCCCCGCCGGGCGGAGAGCGGCGCGCAGCACCCGUCCUGCGUGCGGGACAACGGGAUGCGGUCCCAGAAAUUGUAUUUUGAAGACAACCAAAAGGAGAACGUGUUCUGGGUGUGGCUGCAUGUGAUUUACCCAAUAGCCAAAGUGGGGGGGCGCCGAAGGGGAAAAACAGAGCGUCUGCUGCAGAAGGGAGUGGAAGCUGAGGGCUGCAGGAUGAAGACCUCUGGAACCUGUAUACUGUUUUGUGUCUUAACAUUCUUCUUGUCCCCAGCUGACUGGUUUCCACAGAUGGUCAAUGGGCAAGAACCAGAAAGUGUAACUGAUGGAGUUACCCCUGACAGCAGCUCUGGUGCAGCUGUCACACCACCUGUGCUUCUUCCUCCUGUUCAGUCUGACAGUGAAACCUCAACGGCUUCAUCAGACUGUCGUGAGGAAAAGUUCCCUUGCACGCGCCUGUACUCUGUUCACAAGCCAGUAAAGCAGUGUAUCAGCUACCUCUGUGUUACAAGUGUGCGCCGCAUGUACAUAAUAAACAAGGAGGUGUGCACUCGCAUUGUCUGCAAGGAGAAUGAGGUCAUGCAAGAUGAGAUCUGUCGCCAGCUGGCUGGCCUUCCUCCUCGACGUCUCCGCCGAUCCGGGCAGCCCCUGCCUCUCCCUUGCCGGCAGCUCCUGGAGCAGCAGCGCAGGCCUGAUGCUCUGUGAGCUACCAACAGUAGCAGAGGAAGAGGGAAGUCAUCAUCCACUACCUACAGUCCAAGACAAGUGCUUCUUGUUUGUGAUUCCCCCACCAUUUCCUUGCUUCUAUGCCUUCUUCUACAUCCUCUUCUUCAUGUGCUGCAGUGCACAGAGUACCCUCUCUGCUUGUCAGUCAUGCUAGCUGUUGUCAUCUUUAUAAUCUAUUGCUGAGGAUAUGGGAUUUUCCUCUCUUUUCUCUCACACUCUGUGUGGCAGGCUGUGAGCUGCUUAUUUCCCAGAGGUCUUUAUAAAUGUGCUGCACCUUCUCUUGCUUUGCCCCUGAAGAGAGACAGAAAUGGGGACAGGAUUAAGUCCUCCCCGAUGGUACAGAUGCCCUAAGCUGCAUCUCAUCUCACCCUCAUGCCCUAGGACUCCUGCCCUAGAUUUCCUGCCUGGCAUCAGCAUGAGCUCGGAUGUGGUUGGUCAGCCUGAGCCUCUCUGAUUCUCCCGAGCCACUGAGUUUGUUGUGUGAUAGCACAUUCUCCUCCUUGUGUCUGCUGGCCUCAGGGAAGUGACAGAACUGGGAGAUGAGCUGUCCUCAACCCAAGGCAGACCUCAUUGUCGCUGGGUGGCAACAGAUCAUUUAUAACUACCUUUGGGAAGCUUUUGUCUCAAGCCCAUUGCCUCCCUCAUACACAUCUGCUACCAAAAGGAAAAAUUCUGGAUUUAGUAUGGAAUUACAUUUUCCUCAAGAAGAUUAUGUUGGGUCAGAGUGCUGCCUCUUCUGCUCCUCCUCUCCUCUCCCCUGUUCUUGUCCCUCCCUUCCCACUGAAGACAUGUCUUGAUGCCCAUUCCAGGCAAGUUCCAGGGAACAGCAAUUACAGCUGCCUCCACUCCUAAGCCCAAGAAAGCCCAUGAAGAACCUGUGUGACCUGACAUUACUGAGACCUUGCAAUGAAUUAUCUUGUCUUGGUGUCUUGUCUUGGUCUGGCUACCUCCACAUUCUCCAGUUGCUGUGCCUGCUUUCAAUCUCCAAACUUUUGAGUUCCUACCUCCAACCUGGAAGCUCCUGCACAAAGCAGAAAGAAGUUGCAAAUUGUAAUCGGAUGUGGGAGCAGAAUCAUUAUCUGGGAUUGCUGUUUAUCUGAGACCUGGGAUUUUCCUGCAGAAUCUCUGACUGUGCUGACUUGCACAGAGUCAGGUGCUGAUGGGGAAGGCAAACAUAUCUGUAGGUAUAAGCACUUAUACAGGCCAGCCUGGACAGAAGAAUUCACUGUGGCAUCACUGGAUGUCUGGUCUGCUCAAGGACUUUGUUUUCUAGAUAUAUGGAGAACAUUUCCAGGUAUAUGGGCAGUUUUCAUGAUGAGACUGGGAAGGGUAAGUGGGGAAGAGCAGUCUGAAUUGUAGUAAUCACUCCAUAUGACUCUUGGUGGCAUGAUUCUGUGGGGCACCAGAGGAUCAGCAAGACCGUGUUUCUAGGAUCUCUGGGUUGUUCCCAAGUAACUGAAAGCCAGUUUGCUAGAUUUGGCAUUCACUGCCCUCACAUAAUAAAUUCUUCUGCAGAACAGAAACCAUUCAGUCUUGCAGGAGCAUCACUCUGUUGCACGGAGCCAGGGUCACACAGUAUUGGGGACAGUUUGCUGCACAGAGGCAGAUGUCUCAGAAAAAAAGCAAAACAAUUUGUGUAGGACCAUCUCGCCAAGACCUGCAUUUCUGCUGUAUGCAGCAAGAACUGGUUAUAUCCUCUGUAGGGGAAGACACCCUGUGCAGACAGAUUCCAUAUGAGGUCAAAAUUGGUCCUAGAUGGGAUAAAUAUCUCUAUAUUAAUCCAGUAUACAGGAGAAAGAAUUUCAAAUCAUGCAGUGACUAGAAUUUUGUCCUACAUAAAGGGGCACUGCACUGCAACUCAGAGGAUGAUGCUCCUCUCAAGUACUCCAGGCUCAUGAGACUAAGAAUGAAGGAGGGAUUUCUUUGUACUGAGAGGGUGCAUAUUUCUGUAGAGAGGAGGGUACUGAGAGCUUGAUCUCGAAGACAUUCAAGCCUGUGAAAAUUGCCAGUGUGGAGGAAAGUAGGAUGGAGAUGGGAUGUGAGGUCUUGGAAACUGGACUAGGUCAAGUCUGCACUCUGUAUUUAGAGGUGAAUAUACAUCACUAUAGAUACAUAACUGGGUAAUAUAGCUACUGUACAGCAUAUAGAAAUUUAACUUUCAUACAGGUUGGGAAGUGGUUAGAAGCCUUUCUGUUGCUUGCUUUCAGCAGGGACAGGAAGAGGUGCUCCUGUCCAGGAGAACACUGUUUUAAUGCUAGAGUCUAUAUAAUCCAUAUUAAAAGAAAAUUUAUUUCCUGUUAUUCUUGGCAA